UGUGACUUAAUUCCUUGUAUUGCAAUUUUAUUUCUUGUUACUGCAAAUAUCUCACAAUUGCGACUAUUUCUCAUAAUUCUGACUUCAUCUCACCAUUGCAAAUAUGUCUUGUUAUUGUGACUUUAUUCAAUUAUUGCAACUAUCUCACAAUCCCGGCUUCUCAUAAUUGACUUUAUAUCUCACAAUUGUGACUUUAUUUCUCGUAAUUGCGAUUUUAUUUCAUAACUAUAACUUCAUAUCUCACAGUGUGAUUUAAUUUCCUAAACUUUAUCCCACUUUAUCUUAUUUUUAUUCUGUGGUGGAAACAGGCUUCCUUAGUUUUGGAUAAAUCUCAUGAUUUGUUAUGUUUUCUACUUUUUCCAUCAUAGAUAUUUAAUAUUAAUUGAAAAGAGUUUAAUAAUAUGAUAACUUCUCCAUUUCAGAAUGAGGACAGGCUUAUAUGAGAGAGAACACUUUGAGAGUGUUGUUCGGAUGACCAUGGCUGGACCGAGGAAGGUGAUUGGCUGGAUGAUAAAGGAGCUGAUGGGAAAUCUGAAUAGUCAGAAUCUGAAAGUCUCUCAGAAGAGAGGCAGCACCAUUCAAUAGCUGUGAUGCAUUUGUGUGUGUGUGUGUGUGUGUGUGUGUGUGUGUGUGUGUGUGUGUGUUUGUGUGUGUGUGUGUGUGUGCUGGAAGCUUAUUUCCAGUCUGUUUGUUUUAUUCCUUCUCACCAACAUUGUUUCCGGUAAGUAAAUAAUAAAUAAUGGAGGUUGUGUUGACUCCACGCCUGUGGAUGUGUGUACGGGAGUGUUUUUCUGGGACUCCUCCAGCUCAGUGAUCAGAAACUGCCUCAAUCAUCACCUCUUGUAGUCUUAAGUUCACUAAUGUGUGAUUGGGCCAGAUUGUGUGAACACUUAGAAAGAAGCCAUAACCAGCCAGUAAUGAGUUCUCCUGGGUCUCAAAGUUACAAAUUCUUGCUCUCUGAAAUAUUCUUUCUCUCAUCUCUCUCUGAGACCGGGAUCUGUUCUCUCCCUCUCUUUCUCAGUCCUGUCUCUCCAGGUGCUGUUGCUGUGCUGAUCAUUCUUAUAGAAUCAAGUCACAUCUCAUCUUCAACUGCCAAGCCAGUUUUCCAGAAGAUGUGGAAGGCUCCGAAGAAGACCGUGGGCCAGAUAGUGAAGGAGCAGGAUUUGUGGAUAAUAAAAGACAAAGAGGAGCUACAAAACAUCUGUCAGAGGCGUGUAGACAGUCACCCUGAGGAGGUUCAGAUUCUCAGAAAAUGUUCAGUUUAUCAGAGGAGGGAAUACGAAAGUACUGAACAAACUGAUGGGUGAAGGCCUAAAGAAACAAAAGGCAGAACUGACCCGGCCCAAAUCAGAGCCAUUCUAGAGAAAAUGGUCUUAUGAAUUACCCAGCAUGCCUCUUUGUGGGUUAAAGCUGUGUUCUGGACAAGCAGUUUAUUGGAGAAAUUGACUUUUCAUACUGUACCUACCAGAAAGGCGUCUACACUGUAAAAUUUAGAGCCACACAGCCUGUUAAUAUUUCGCAUUCUGAAAAAACUAAUAUGUUUGUGUUGUUUUAUUUCUAAAGAGUUCAGGAUUUUGUUCUUUCACGGCUCAGUUAAUUCUGGCCUCUAAGACAUUUAUCACUCAAUGAUCACUGAUUCCUUAAUAGUCAGGUUUUGUGAGAAACUCUUGUGUGCACACAAUCUCUUUGGGUUGCGUUGUGCUAGUAACUGAACAAGUUGUUGGCAGAUCCGUAUGGAUUUUCCAUCAGAAUUGGAUUUUGUGGGAUUAUUCAUCACUUUUAGACUUCUAGCAGGUCAGGCCAAGGUUGCUUGAAACUUAUGGCAUUUAAUCACCAUUAGCAAUUUCCAGCGCCGUCCGGGUCUGA